GCUAAAAAGCCUAAGACAUCUCUCUCUCUCAUUUUAGAGAAAGAAAAUGCGUGACGUGGGCUAUGUAUUUAUGAACUUGAUGCCCGCAAGCAACGGCUCCGAUUCAUUGUGAGGGUUGACACGUCCGGUUUAUCUUCCACGCCUCAGUUCCCACCUUUUCUCCUCAGUCACACACACUCUCACCCUUGUUGGCGUGAACUCAACUACAAACUCUCUCACGCACAGUUCUUUGUUUCGAUUUUGGAGUGAUGUUGCUAUCUGCUAUGUCUCCAUGAACUAUUGCUGACAAAAAACAAGAGAAGGAGAAGGAGGAGGAAGGGCAAGAACAACAACAACAAGAACAAGAACAUGUUGCUUGGAAAGCGUCCUCGGCCACCGAUUAUGAAAAGAACAACGAGCAUGAGUGGUGGUUUGGCCGUGGACACGCAAACAAGCAACGUUGAAGCCCAUGACAAUGAAGAAGUGAUGUCUGAUUCCCUUCUCCAGCAAGAUCACGAUGAGGGUAACAUCAAAGAUCCACACCAUUUGUUGGUUCCUCACCACACCAAAAACGUUUUUGAGGCCGAAGGGUAUGAAUAUGAUGAGUGUUUCCUUUCCCCCACAACCAUAACUAAUCAUCUUUACAGCCUUAACCAAACAAACAAUAACCUUUCUCAUGUCUUACACUCUUCUCACUUCCUUCGGACUUGUGGCCUCUGUAAGUGUCGUCUGGCACCUGGUCGAGACAUCUAUAUGUAUAGGGGGGACACGGCAUUUUGUAGUUUGGAGUGUAGGGAGAAGCAGAUGAAACAAGAUCAGAGAAAAGAAAAAUGGAAGGUGGCCUCUAACAUGGAAGAGCACCGUGCAUCCACCGCCAAGGCUUCCACUAAAAGCGAAACGGCUGCUUGUAAUUGAAGGCUUGCAUAGUUAUAAAAUGAAUAUAUUUGAAGACAAAAUUAAGAAACCAAAAGGGCAAGCUAACUCGUUGAUCAUGUGCACUUAGGACAAGCCUAUCCCAUAUCUUCCUUUGUCCCUUUUAUCGUGCUCCGUAUAUGGUUCUUAAUUCCACACCUACGCUAGCGAUUCUUAUUGAUAUAAUUCUGCAAAGAAAAAAAAAUUGUGAAAAAGUGUGGUUGAUGUAUUGCGUAUUGAACCUUCAUCUUUGAAUCUAAACUUUCCUAUAUGUCUAUCUAUAUAC